AUGAUUCCUUGGCCUCAUACGGGACGAGUAGAAGUUCGUCAUCGAUUAGCUCGUACAAUAUCUAAUUUGGGAAUUCUUUAUUCAAUGACGGUUUCAUCAUUAUUAAAAACUCCUCAUAAACCAGUUCCUUUAAUUACCACCCGUUCAUUUAGAAAAUUAGUAACGCGCAUAAAUAGAUCAAUAGUCACUGAACGUUUAUUACUUUCACGUACAAUUUAUGAACCACCUUUAAGAGGAUAUUUUCCUAUGGAAGAUUAUAAAAUGAUGAUUGAUAUAGUAGAACAUUUGGUUAAUUUAAUUAAUGGAUUAGAAUAUACACUUCAUGGAUUAAAUGGAACUGAAUGGAAAACGGAUUUAGCGGGUGUUUUAACCCCAUCAAAGUGUCAUUACAUUACACAUAUUUUAACAUCAUUUCAUAUACUUUCCACCGCAUUGGAAAAUGGAAUACCUUUACCACCUUAUAAUAUCGUUGCAUCAGGUGACACAAAGUUUGGUAAAGUUGGAUUAGGUAGUAGAAUAUCUCAUAAAAUUAGUAGAUCUGCUUCCGAAUUAACAAAAAUAGAUUUAGAAACUCAAGCUUAUGCUUGUUAUUGUGCUUAUUUGAUAAAAACAAGUCACUUGACUAACGAAUUAUUAAAAUUAGUAAGGGUCGUAAAAAGAUUAGUGGGUGUUAAUAGAUAUGUUAAAGAAUUAUGUGAUUUUUAA